CACUAGUUUCACUUCACAUUAGCUUAGGUAGACACACAUUUAGGAGGAAACCGGUGGCUUCCCAUGUCCGGUAUAUUAGAUAGUUGUGAAAGAUAACUGAAAAGCAACGUAGGAAGACACAGAAACGGUUUGGUAUGACGAGGACGGUGACAUACACCAGCUCAUUGCUACUGCUGCUGCUGCUGGUCGGUGUACAAGGAGACAUAUAUUUGCACAUUCCACGAGGUUCCAACAACAGACUCGCAGAAACCACAGCAACCCGUACCAAUGCCAACCGUGUGUUUGAUUCCCAGAAUAACAAUCGAGGUGGAUAUAAUGUAGGUGAUGCUACCCAAGAAAAAGCUGGCAAUGAUGAAGGCGAGCAGUACAGAAUGAAAUAUUUCCAAAGUGGAUCUUGGAAGACUAAGACAAACGAUGCAGGUAAAAGUUUCCUGUCUGUGGAGUGGACAAAUCAGCAUGGCUGUGGGGGCAACGAGGACACGAAUCCCCAGAAACAGAACUGUCACCUGGUGCUGCAGUAUAUGUGUCAGGACGAUGUUGAUUCACCAACAGGAACGGACGAUACCCUGAGGAAUGGCGUAGAGACCAACACCCAAAACUAUCAACCUCCCAACAACCUGGACGAGACAAAGAGCCAGAAAAACAACAGGAAAAACAACAAUGUAAAAUCGGAACGUGUUAUACAGGAACCCUGGGAGUGGUACGAUAGCUGUUACCUACGACAACGCAACAAAGGAUUAUUUACGGCAGACCAGAAGCUUAAGAACAAUAAAUUUGGAUACAGCAGUGCUACUUAUACCAGACAAGAUAAUCAGGGCAAUCGCUAUGGUUACGAAUGCCCUGAAGAGAGGGACUAUUACCCAUACUGGCAUCCGACGCCCUGGACAGAUAUUGCUGUACUGGCAGAAAAUGCUUCCAUGUGUCGGUUCUAUGAACAGGAGAGCUUCAACAGCCGGUCCUACCACACAUGUGUAGAAAGUUACAGCGACGGCAGCCGUAAACAUUGGUCCAAGUGGAACAACCAACAACAGUGCGUAGAGAACGGUGGCCAGUGGAUAGCAUUCCAUAACUACCUGGAGAAGGCUCCAGCGUUCACUAGUGAAGGAGAGUGUACCCGACAGACUGCGUGGGGCUACUCUUACAUCUGGGCCGUACCAUUCGAUGCUCAGGAUGUUACAAAGAAGGAAUGCCUUAUCAAGCUUGACGCUCCUGAUUGUAGGGCUGCUGAUUUUUCUAGAUCUAAUCACCUCGGUAAUGGUGUUGAUGGUACUGCCCUGAAGUAUGACUGGACACUGCCCUACUUCCCGUCUGGUAACGCUAAGAGAUGUGUAUUCAGGAUCAGAUACAACAUUUCCACAGAUGACUAUGAUCCCUAUACCACCAACAGUAGUCACAACAGAAAUGAAGCGACUAAGACCAUGUCUCCUGUGGAGCAGGACCCCUAUGUGGACGUUGGUGAGAGGUCAGCUCUACGACUGAACAUCAACACAGAUCAGACCGGUCGGACAUUCCAGGAUCGUAGCCACGUGUUCCUACUGAAGCCCCGCCCCUCGGGAAUGGAUAAUGACAGAAUCUAUAACCUCAACAUCAGGGGCAAGCGAGGCAAUAUAGUCCAGGUGUAUCCGGCUGUAGAGUACGACUUCCAUCCUAACACCCUCAGUCUACGACCUAACGACCUUGUACAUAUACAGUGGACAGGUUCUAACAGCCAUAACAAUGGAGGAAAUGGAGGAGAUGGGCAAGCAGGAGACGAGGGACAAGGGAAAGAUGGUACCGAUAGAAAUAAUAUGGUUCAGAUUGAAGACUUGAACAACAACUACCCUGUGCCAUUUGAACAGUCUACUAUGUGGCAGAAUGCUGAAGUAAAAUGGAUUUAUCAUGGGAAAGGAUCGGUGUCACCGAAGGACCUGGCAGUCAGCAUGGCCUCAUCGGGAUACUAUGUGUGCACCAAGGCGAGUAGUUGCGGAGGAAUGUCGGGAGAAGCUGCCGACACCAAGACACUUAUGAAUAAACUGCUGAACAAUGCCCCGGCAUCAUACGAGGGAGCUGUGCUAAAAUUCAAGGCUGGCACCUACCACUACAUGUGUAGCCGAAACAACAACUUCACAAACCGUAGCCAAAAGGGCACGAUCAUUGUUGGAUAGGAACGACACAUCUUAUUUAUUAUGUACUACACAGAUAUUACACAUCAAAAAUAUUUCACGAUCAAACAGUAUUUAAAAUUCCCUUCAUACCAAACAGUAUCAAGAAGAUUAUGGGAAGUUCUUUUUACAGAUCCAAUGAAAUUUUCUAUGUGACUUUUCGAUGACUAGUAUGAUAUGUACACUAUCACCUUCAUCAGACAAAUGAUCAUGACCAGUGAAGCGUAUGCACACAA